GGAGGCUCCGCCUCGGGGCUCCAGGAAGAUGUUACCAAGCACCACAGUGAAUUCCCUAGCGCAGGGGAACGGAGCAUUGAGUUCCAGGGAUGCAGCCCGACACACAGCCGGAGCAAAGCGCUACAAGUACUUGCGGAGGCUUUUCCGUUUUCGGCAGAUGGACUUUGAGUUUGCCGCCUGGCAGAUGCUCUACCUGUUCACUUCCCCACAGAGAGUUUAUAGAAAUUUUCAUUAUCGAAAGCAGACAAAGGACCAGUGGGCCAGAGAUGACCCUGCUUUCUUGGUCCUGUUAAGUAUCUGGCUCUGUGUGUCCACUAUAGGAUUUGGCUUCGUGCUGGACAUGGGAUUUUUUGAGACAAUAAAGCUGCUCCUGUGGGUUGUAUUCAUAGAUUGUGUAGGCGUCGGUCUUCUCAUAUCAACUUUAAUGUGGUUUAUCUCUAACAAGUAUUUGGUGAAACGGCAGAGCAGAGACUACGAUGUGGAGUGGGGCUACGCCUUCGAUGUGCAUCUGAACGCAUUUUAUCCUCUGCUCGUCAUUCUGCAUUUUAUCCAGCUUUUCUUCAUCAACCAUGUUAUCCUAACAGACACAUUUAUUGGAUAUUUAGUUGGAAAUACCUUAUGGUUGGUUGCAGUUGGCUAUUAUAUCUAUGUAACUUUCCUAGGAUACAGUGCACUGCCGUUUUUGAAAAACACAGUGAUCCUUCUCUACCCGUUCGCACCGCUCAUCCUGCUCUACGGACUGUCGCUGGCGCUGGGAUGGAACUUCACCCGCGCGCUGUGCUCCUUCUACAAGUACAGGGUGCGGUGAGCGGGGGCCGCCUUCCGCGCGGCCCAGCCAGCAGGGCCGGGGAGGGGUGACUGCGUGUGAACCCUGUAAAUAGCCUCCCGCUGUAGAUACCCUAAAGGUGUAAAGUUUGCAGAUCUGAGGAAAUGUGUGUGUGAACACUGUUCUCGACUACAUUCCUUAAAACUAAUUAAGUGUACAUUUCUGUAAUAAAUAUUUUUUAAACUAAA